AUCAGACAACUAACAAGCAUGAUAACAAUUCCCAUCCGAGCAAGCGCGGUAGCGGGUAUCGACAACUAUGUCUAAUUUCCUAUCGGCUGUGGCCGUUGACCCAGCCUUUGCCACAACAUAUGCCGACUGCACUAACACCACUGUCGGGUAUUGUACCACUCCGCCCAAGUACCAGUACGCGAGCUCAGCGUUCAUCAUGGGCCCCAUCGGGGAUAUCUCCGACAUGUUCGCCGAUAUGUAUUUCUGGUCCGACUCGGAGAAUCGCCUAGUCACCGAGUAUUUCCUUCAUAAUCCUGACAAGGUAGCUCUCGACUACGCUGGCGUCCUGGUGCUUUCCCUUAACAACAUGAAACUGGACGCGGGCAUCCCCGUCACAGUGCAAAGCGCCUCGGGCACGAAAUCUUUCCUGAACGCGAUAACCAAUUCUGCUGUGUGCUUCGUGCACGGCAGCGGGAAUUCGUUCGGCGCCCUUAAGGUGCUUGCACAGGAGCUGCUCGCGUGAGAGCGCAGUCCCGAGGUACAUGUUUCAGAGAGCACACGCGGGUGUCCCGCCAAUUUGCCCCGGCUGCCGCUGUUUAGCCGUACCUUUGCAUUCUUGGCAUCUCCUAGGAAAAAGGCUUGGCCACAGUUGGAGAAGAAUGCACCUUUCAAGCUGGGAGUGGCUUGCAUGAAGGGCUGCGCUGGAGGAGGCCUGGGGGAUCCCACCAUGCAGCGCCGAGGGGCCUGCUCCGACCCCACUCGAGACGCAAUUGGGGCCAUUUGACUAGGGGCGACGACUGGCAGCACUUCGUUCUUAUGCUUGUACAAGGCUCGCUGUCGGUUUCAUCGCGAACUUACGAACAACUCGGGGAAGAUCCGCAUCUUGGUUCUCGUCAUGUUUGGGCGUCUCAGGCUGAGCGACAG